AGAUGGAAUUGCGUUCGAGGACAACAGUUUGGCGACACUUCACACCACCGGAGAGAUUUUUCACGGGCUCUGGAAGUGGCGGUUGGCAGAAACUGGUUUGAGACUGGAUCGGGAUGAUGAGUCAGUGAUUCCGAUCCACACUCCUUACCAGUUGGUGGCCGUAAUGCACCAUUUCCUUGAUUGCCAACCGCCAUAAAACAAUAAGAGAAGAAGAAGAAGAAGAAGAAGAAGAAGAAGAAGAAGAAGAAGAAGAAUUGCGUUCCAGUAAGGGUUUUAUUUUGAAAUGUGACCACCGGAUGUACUGUGUUGUAUUGUACAAACUCAGUGUGACUUGAUGGCGGUCAACUAAUCCAAGUGUCAGUGCGGAGAGCAACACAACAGCAGGUCGCGACGUGCCUGAGAACUUCAGGAGUGACUGGGUCGAGCGCACAGGUAACCGGGAGGAGCGACGCCGACUGUUUCCUGCAGCCAGGAGCCAGUUAUAAAAAACAAAUAUUCCGGAAGUUUUGCUUUUUUUAUUUUUUUCCUCCGCGGAAGGCGACGAGCGGCACUUUGGGGACACGGAGGGGGGCGGGGAGGAGAAACGGAUUUGUGGAGAGUGAUAAAGCAGCUGGCGUUCAGGUUCCCGAGUCAGUUUCCGCCGCCCACCUCAACAUGGCUUCAACGACCUGCACCAGGUUCACUGAUGAGUACCAGCUGUACGAGGAGCUGGGGAAGGGGGCUUUCUCUGUGGUGAGGAGGUGCAUGAAAAUUUCCACGGGGCAGGAAUACGCUGCCAAAAUAAUCAAUACCAAGAAGCUGUCAGCCAGGGAUCACCAGAAGCUGGAGCGAGAGGCCAGGAUCUGCCGCCUGCUGAAACAUCCCAACAUCGUGCGGCUCCAUGACAGCAUAUCAGAGGAAGGAUUCCACUAUCUGGUCUUUGACUUAGUUACUGGCGGAGAGCUGUUUGAGGACAUUGUUGCCAGGGAGUACUACAGCGAAGCUGAUGCCAGUCAUUGCAUUCAGCAGAUCCUAGAAGCCGUGCUCCACUGCCACCAGAUUGGCGUGGUCCACCGCGAUCUCAAGCCGGAGAAUUUGCUCCUUGCCAGCAAGUUGAAGGGAGCAGCGGUUAAACUGGCUGACUUUGGCCUGGCCAUCGAGGUGCAGGGAGAACAACAGGCAUGGUUUGGUUUUGCCGGGACACCAGGGUACCUGUCUCCAGAGGUGCUGAGGAAAGAUCCGUACGGCAAGCCGGUGGACAUGUGGGCCUGUGGAGUGAUACUCUACAUUCUCCUCGUGGGAUAUCCUCCUUUCUGGGAUGAGGACCAGCACAGACUCUACCAGCAGAUUAAAGCUGGAGCUUAUGAUUUCCCAUCCCCAGAGUGGGACACGGUGACUCCAGAGGCCAAAGACCUGAUCAACAAGAUGCUGACCAUUAAUCCAGCCAAGAGAGUCACUGCCACAGAUGCACUCAAACACCCCUGGAUCUGCCAACGCUCCACUGUGGCAUCUAUGAUGCACAGACAGGAGACUGUGGAAUGCCUGAAGAAAUUCAACGCGAGGAGGAAACUCAAAGGUGCUAUCCUGACUACUAUGCUUGCCACUCGUAACUUCUCAGCAGCCAAGAGCCUGCUGAACAAAAAAACAGACGGUGUCAAAAUCAACAACAAGGCCAAUGUGGUCACCAGCCCAAAAGAGCCUGUCCCCACUCCUUCUCUGGAGCCUCAAACCACUGUUAUCCACAACCCAGGUGAUGGAAACAAGGAGUCCAGCGAGAGUGCCAACACCACCAUCGACGACGAGGACGUGAGAGCUCGUAAGCAGGAGAUCAUUAAAGUCACCGAGCAGCUGAUUGAGGCCAUCAACAAUGGAGACUUUGAGGCCUACACAAAGAUAUGUGACCCUGGCCUCACGUCCUUUGAGCCUGAGGCCUUGGGCAACUUGGUGGAGGGCACAGAUUUCCACCGCUUCUACUUUGAGAACGCUCUCUCUAAGGGAAAGCAGCCAAUACACACCAUCCUGCUCAACCCCCACGUCCACCUGAUUGGGGAAGAGGCCGCCUGCAUCGCCUACAUCCGCCUCACCCAGUACAUCGACGGCAACGGCAUGCCUCGCACCAUGCAGUCCGAGGAGACCCGCAUCUGGCAGCGCCGUGACAGCAAGUGGCAGAACAUCCACUUCCACCGCUCCGGCUCGCCCACCGUACCCACCAAUUGAGAGGAAGACCUGUGACUAAGAACACCCUCCAGCCUACAGCAGUCAGCUGACAAGACCCUGCUUACCAAGCCUGCCUAUCAAACCCCUCAGCCAAUCCCUGCCCCUAACAGCUAGAGCUCGGCCCUCUCAGUGUGUUGUUUACAUAUUGUCGCUGCUGGACUGAUAAUUAUUGUACGUGUUAGGGGGGAAAAAAAACAAAUUGAGGGAGAAAACGUGAUAAUAUUAUUAUCUUGACAAUAUAAUUAUCUCGACAAUAUUAUUUUGUAGUGAGAGUUUGUGGUGUUCGUUACGGAAUAUUUCCAUCCGCAGCAUGUUUUACUCAAUGCAGGUUGUUGUAGUUUAGUUGAUCAUUAUGUUUUUAAUCAGAAGCCAGUUGAUUUAUUUUAAUAGGUUGGUCAAAUAUGUGAAACUUCCAGUUACCAUGUAGUGAGAUUUUUUUCAUUUUAAUAUUGCACAUAUGUUUUUGCCAUUCGCCACAAUGACCAAUAUAUGACACAUCUACUUUUAACUCAUAUCUCCUAUGUAUCUUUUUUUUUUUAUUGACAGCUAUUAAGGCUUAGACACAAGCUUGCUUUGUUUUGGUGAUGUAUAGUUUUUGGUAAUUGAUGUAAAUUGCUCUCUCUUUCACAGUAUGCAUAUGAACUGAUUUGGCAAAUUUUUAGUCUGUUUUCUGCUUUGCUGUUGGCACUAAAUAUUAUUAGGAAUUUUAAUUACAAGUUUAAAAAGGAAAAUCAAUUGGAACAUGUGUUUUAUUUUGUGUGUUGGGACAACCAUCAUAACAGAACGACAUGUGAGAGAGAAAGUCUCUUAUGAUAGAAUGUAAACAAUAAAGCAUACGUAGAGUUCUUAAAGGUCAUUAUGUGACUCUUUCAAGUUAAAUCAUAUUUUGAUCCAGUAUGGAGCAAAAUAUGUGAAUUUGAUCACCUUUUCCAUUGUGAUACGGAUGAUUGUCCCUCCACUUGACAUUAUUACAUUUCUUUAAGCCUCCUGAUAGUGAUUUCUAUUUUCUUUUUUCUUUUAUUUUACCUCUAAUGUAUGUUCACCUUAUGUAUGCCAAUAUUUUACAGCGCGCCAUGUUUUACACUGGACGGGACUUGAAUAGAAUCAUGACGUUCGUGCUGACUUAAAUGAGAGCUGAUUUUUACAGUUAAGAAUAGGAUUUUUGGCCACAGUUACUUGUCAACAUUCUCUUUUAAUUAUUGAUGUUUAUAAAUGUGUUAUUAUAGUGUCAAAGAUUAGGAUAGUUAGCAUCCCUUACAGGUUUGUAUUCAAACACUUAAAUUGAUUUUUAUUCUUAAAUGUCUGUGGAAAAAAUUAAUCGGUACAUCCAAUUCCAGCAUGGGGGGAAGCAAGCAGACACGUUCAAAGAUGAAGUCACAGGGGUUCACUUAUGAUUGUGUUUACCAUAUUGAUUUUUUUUUGUUGCUUUGGUAUAUAAGUAAUGACAUCACUGAAUUGUCCAGAACUGUUUGCAUUCAUUUAUUUAAUCACAUUUGUUCCACAAACACCAGACAUUUUUUAGUUCCUAUGAUGCAUUAAAAUUCCUGAUGGGUCACUGGUAUAUAAUGUUACAAAAUAUAAUGUAUGUUUAAGAAGUAUCAAGUAAAAUGUAUGAUUAAUGCCAAAUUA